AUGUCAGGCCAGGAUUACUACGGUCAGGGUCAAGGCCACGAUCAAGGCUACGGCUACAGCCACGGCGGCGCAUACCAGCAGCCCCAACAGCCGCAGCAUGGCUACGGAGAGCAUAACCAGGGCUAUCCUCCUCAACCUCAGGCGUACGGACAGCAGCCGCACGACCAGUACGGCCAGGGACAUCACAGCCCCUACCCGCAAGGACAGAGCUCCUACCCCCCGCCGUCGCACGACCCUUACGGACAACCUCCCCAGCACGGCUAUGGUGCCCCGCCCCAGGGCCAGUACCAGCAGAGCUACGACCCAAACCGCAGCACUUCUCCCUACCCCCCUCAGGGCCAUCAGCAGCAAGGCUACCACGACCCGAACCAGCAGUAUGGCGCGCAUCCACAACAGGGCCAUCACGAACCGCAGCAAGGCUAUGGUGCGCCGGCAUAUGGGCAACCCGGCGUACCCGGCGGCCCUGGCGAAGGCGACCGCGGCCUGGGUUCAGCUCUGAUGGGAGGUGCAGGCGGCGCGUUCGUGGGUAACAAGCUCGGAGGCGGCGCGCUGGGCACGCUUGGAGGAGCGCUUUUGGGGGCGGUUGGCGCCAACCUCAUUCCUGACAAGUAA